GAAAGACUGAAGGCGGAGAACAGAAUGAACGGCUCGGUAAAGGGGAAGGAUGCGGAUUAUGAUAGCCCUCCGGCCAGCCUGCCCACCGACGAUGGUUUCGGUCGUUUGACAUGAGGAUGCGUGGAGAAAACGACACGGGCCUGCGGUUUGUUGAUACACGGCGCACGGAGGGAGAUCCUGUAAUUUACGCGUCGCCUCCAAUAAUCUGUGACACCGAGAGCUGCCUGGCUUAACUGUGAGGGUGAUUUGAUUUGCAGCCUAGGCUGCUUUGAAUUCCCAUGUUAUUUCAUCGUGGUCAUUAAAGUUGUUGUCUUCUCAUCAAGUGUACGUCAAGAAAAGCGGAGUGAAAAUACGGUGACCCCCGUCCCUCUUCACAUUUGUGGCUCAACUGCCAACAUGUCUUUAGCCGUCAUUUUUGCAUCAUCGCCACCUGAUCUCUUCUGCUCUGCUGCUGCAGACUGGAUGUCAAACUGAACGGGGCGCCGUGAGGUCGAAACCAAACAUACCAAAAAUACAACUUCACCGUGUUUUAACAUGGAGGCGUCGACGUUACAGCGUCGCCGGCUGACAAGUCUGUUCAUAUGGACGACUUUGUGUUGGCUCAGCAGCGGUCAAUCAGCGGCGGACGCUUCGGGCCUGCCUCUAGCCAUCCGCGUGCCACUGCGGCAAGGCGCUCGCGCUGAACAGUCGCCCUCGUUGCCACCUGCCGCUGCUGCGGCUGCUGCUCUGAAGCGCGAGCUUGGCAACACGGGGAGGCAUCCAGCGCGCAGGCGGAGAGGAGCGGCAGCGGGCGGCAUCAGCUUCGUGGAUAUGAUCGAUAACCUGCGUGGGAAGUCCGGCCAGGGUUACUACGUGGAGAUGGCCGUGGGCUCUCCUCCGCAGAAGUUGAACAUCUUGGUGGAUACAGGAAGCAGUAACUUUGCUGUCGGAGCAGCUGCUCAUCCCUUUCUGCGCAGAUACUACCAUCGUUCACUAUCCAGCUCAUACCGUGACCUGGGUAGGAGCGUGUACGUUCCUUACACCCAGGGUCGAUGGGAAGGGGAGCUGGGCACCGACCUGGUCUCUGUCCCACAUGGCCCCAACGCCACGUUGCGUGCCAACAUCGCUGCAAUCACCCAGUCAGAUCGCUUCUUCAUCAAUGGAUCCAACUGGGAGGGAAUCCUGGGACUGGCCUAUGCUGAUAUAGCUCGGCCUGACGAGACAUUGGAGCCUUUCUUUGACUCUCUGGUUCGUCAGACUCCUGUCCCCAACCUCUUCUCUCUCCAGCUGUGUGGAGCAGGCUUCACCCAAAACUACUCCCUGGGGAGUGCCACUGUUGGUGGCAGCAUGAUCAUUGGAGGAGUGGACACGUCACUGUACGUAGGAGAGCUUUGGUACACUCCCAUCCGCAGGGAGUGGUACUAUGAGGUCAUUAUCGUACGCAUUGAGGUUAAUGGACAGGACCUCAACAUGGACUGUAAAGAGUACAACUAUGAUAAGAGUAUUGUGGACAGUGGGACCACCAACCUUCGGCUGCCUAGAAAAGUCUUCCAGGCUGCAGUCAAGGCUAUUGAAGCAGCCUCUUCGACAGAACAGUUUCCCUCUGGGUUCUGGCUCGGGGAGCAGCUGGUAUGUUGGCAGGCCGGCACUACACCCUGGCACAUCUUCCCAGUCAUCUCCCUCUACCUGAUGAGUGAAAACCGCAACCAGUCCUUCAGAAUCUCCAUUCUACCGCAGCAAUAUCUGCGGCCGGUAGAAGACGUGGCUUCAGCCCAGGAGGACUGCUAUAAGUUUGCUGUAUCGCAGUCUAGCACCGGUACGGUUAUGGGGGCUGUCAUCAUGGAAGGCUUCUAUGUGGUCUUCGACCGUGAGAAGAAACGAAUCGGCUUUGCUGUUAGCACCUGCCAUGUGCAUGAUGAGUUUCGCACAGCCUCUGUGGAGGGCCCGUUCCACGGCGUUGACCUGGAGGACUGCGGCUACAAUAUCCCCCAAACAGACGAGUCCACUCUCAUGACCAUCGCCUACAUCAUGGCGGGAAUCUGCGCGCUCUUCAUGCUGCCGCUCUGUCUCAUGGUGUGCCAGUGGCGCUUUGCCCGCUGUCUCCACCCACACGGGGACUUUGCUGAUGACAUAUCACUCCUAAAGUGAGGAGGGAGAAGACCUAGGCUUGAAACGAGGGACAAAAAUGGAGUGGGGGAAAAGGGAUGUACGAUGUUACAAAAUGUUGGUGCUGUUGAAUGAGAGCUUUGAAAAGUUUUUUUCAGGAAUAUAACGUACAAAGUAUAGAAAAUGCUGACUUACAUCAUGUGAGGAUAACUACAGCCAUUACUAACCUGAAAGACAAACAAGUGAAAGUUGAUGUUAUCAGUGUCAACUUGCCUGUUUGAGCUACCUAUGCAGAUCAGCAUGGUUACAGAAACAGAUGUGGGAAAAUCAAGUCUUUAUUAUAAAUAGUUUAUAAAUAGGGAACAAAGGUGGAUUGGAUUUGGAAUUUUGAAAGAUUUGACUCUUAACAUUGCAGAGCCCCACACAGAGUUUGAUUUGGGGUUUGGGGAAAAUUAAAGAGCAAACACAGAAUUUACAAACAUGCGUAAAUGAAGAAACUUGCAAUCUGGAUGUGAUGUCAAUACAAGAUGUGAAACCACGGUGUUGUCGGAUGUGGUUUGUUAAGGAAUGAUUUGAACAUAUGAACGUGUGUUUACAUGCGUGUGUUUAUAGACCUAUUGUUUGUGGCUUGUGAGUGAAUGAACCACAUUGAUAUGUGUGAGCAUGCCUGUAUGUGUGCACAGCUGUACUGUAAAUGAAGAGUAUUGAAGAGUAAGAUUUAAUGAAAAUGAUACUUAAGAAGUUGAAAAAUGAUACUAGCAUCCACAAAGUUACACCAUUUUGCAAAUGCCAGCAAAUAAUUCUGCAAUGCAAAACAUGUAAGCUUAAAGAGGCCAAUUUGAUGAAAUAUCAGAUUGUAACAGCAUUUACUGUAUAUGUAUCAGUUCACCUAGUGUGAAACUGAGACUACUGAACACAGUCAAUAUCAGAUGUCACUUUUUCUUCUUAUAUUGAUAGCUUAAAUCUAUUGUACAAUGUGUGCAUUCCAGAUCUUCUAUUUGCGCAGGCACACACACACACACAGAAUACACAUUGCUUAACCUACUGCUGCACCAUCUGAUGAUUUGCACAUGUAACAACACACUACAUGUUAACAGACCAAGACUUAAUAGGGCUUCUUUCACAGACACAGAAACAGCCUAACUCACCACAUCUUUCAAUGGGGACCACCAUAUAUGCUUGGACAAGGAAGCCAGCCCAAAGUAUGUUAUACACUAAAGAACACUAUGUAUGUCUUCAAGGGACAGUUCACUAUGUAUGUCUACAAGACACAGUUUGUAUUGUCUCUCAGCAAGCUGUAAAUAGAUAAACUCAGAACUGUAUAUUUAUCUGUCAGGCGCUGGCAGCACUGUUG